CUAUGUCGUGCGGUUUUCCCUGCGUUAUGGGUACACCAAAUCGUGGGGAAAUUCGCGCAAGAUAUAAUAUCCAGGGUGACGGCUGUACGGAUUGUCUAACCCAUACAUUUUGCGCUUGCUGCGGGUUGAUACAAGAAGCACGUGAAGUUGAGAUAUUCACUGUGUGA